CGAGGCGGUUUCUGCAAGGCGCGCGCCUUGCAAGGUGAGGCGCUGAGGCGCGCCUAGGCGCGCCUCAUGAAAAUUGCGCCUGCAUCCUGCCUGCAUCACUUUUUUCUCUCCUCUCCAGCAUCCCCUCUUCUCAGUUUCAGCAUGUAUACAUCACUACUUAUUUACAUUUCUUUAGUUUAAGUAAAUGUCCACAUUUUCUUUUAUUUAUAUUUUACCUUCCAUUUACUUUAAUACAUAAAUGUAAAUAAGAAAGUACCCCCCAUUUGGAUUCAAUAAAAAUAUCUAAAAAAUCAAAAUCCAUAACAAUAAGAAAAUAGAAUUUUGAUUUUAGUACAAAUUCAGGAUUUAGCGAUUUUACCACCCCCAAAAUACAUACCUACUAUUUCUUGAAAAAUUCAUUAAAAAUCAUUUUAACAACAAUGAAUAUUAACUAUCAAAAUACCGGGAGUUAGUUUUUCAAAAUGAAAACAUUUUCUUAUAUGUCUCCUUAUAAUGCCCUAAUCUUCCAGACUUAGAAAAAAUGCGCUAAUCUUCCAGACCUAGAAAAAUAGCAUUUUUCAAAAUGAAAGCAUUUUCUUGAUUGUGGACUUGUAGUGUUUAUUGAUUGUGGAGAAUACUAAAGCUAUUCCAAAAUGUCCUCCAUCAAUAAAACAAGAGAUUGGAGAGUACAUGCAAAAGAAGAAAAAUAACAGGGAAUCAGGGAUGAGCAAAAUAUGGCACCGUAAGAUGAUGAUUUUCAAUUUGGUGAAGGGUAUGAUGAUGAUGAUGAUUAAAACUUCUUUAUUGAUUGUGGACUUGUAGUGUUUAUAUGUUUGUUUAGAACUUUGCACGAUGGUUGGUACUUGUUUGAGUUUGAGACUUUAAGUUUGAACUUUGAUGAUGUUUCUAGUUUAGAAAUUGUAUGAUGAAUGAAUUAACUUUGAUGUUGUUAGUUUAGAAUUUGAAGAUAAUGAAACAUUAAUGAUAUGCAUGUGUUAUUAUUGAUAAUUUGAUAGUUUUUUAUGAUUUUACAAGAUUUUUAGUUUUUUUUCUAAAAGGUGCGCCUCGCUUCGCAAAGGCGCACCUCGCCUCGUGCGCCUCACGCCUCAGGCUCCAGGACCCUUUGCGCCUCGCUGCACCUCGCGCCUUUCAGAACUAUGGAUCACGCACAUCGCCACCAUCGUUGCGUUCGUCGGCCAGAGGCUAGUUGACCCCCGGAGGAUCGUCGCCGUUGCCUCCGCCACGCGCCGCCUCUCUCGCACUGUUCAGAGACUUGUUUUGGCUUCGAUCUCUCUCUCUAGUACUUCGAUCACGACGCUGUCUUCACCAUUGGACUUGCCUCCUUCAGUUCAUCCAGUCUAGGUGAUUUCGUCGCCAUCCGCUGCCUUCCGUUGCCGCCGGUCACGGGCAUCUGCUGUCUCCCGUAUCCAGCGCGCCUCAUUCUCUGUGUAGGAUCAUCCAGCCUCUUUAUUUGGCUAUUUUUAACCCCUUUUGUUUCAGAUCUGUUGAUCUUGUAGAGCUCCCUUCUGUCCAACAUGGCUGGUACCAAUAAAUCUGGCUCAUUCUCUGGUAUUUUGUCUCCCUCUCCAGCCAUUGCUACUGAGAAGUUGAUAGGCAGUUCCAAUUAUAUCUCUUGGUCCAAGGCGGUUGAACUAUAGUGUAUGGGUCAAGGUUUACAGGAUCAUCUAACUACCAAGGCCGAGAAUGUGACCACAGCUAAAACUGAGUGGCAGAGAGCUGAUGCUCUAUUGUGCAGUCUCUUAUGGUAGUCAAUUGAUCAUUCUCUUCAUCCGAUCUAUACUAACUACACCACGUGCUGUGAGUUGUGGGCUCAGGCCAAAGCGCUAUACACUAAUGACAUUCAAUGUCUGUAUUCAAUGGUGUCUAAUUUGCUUAGUUUACAACUGCAGGGUCUGAGUCUUCUUGAUUUUCUUGGUCGGAUGGCCUCUAUUAAAGCUGAAUUUAACUCCUUGUUACCUGCUGGUAAGAUUGCUGCAGAGGAUCUAGCUCAGCAAGAUAAAUUCUUCAUGGUGAUCAUUCAGUUAUGGCUUCACAAGUUCAAAGUAGUGACGAACAGGGAGGAGAUCGUGAUAAUUGGGGCAAAUGCCCCAAGUGUAACUACUGUCACAAGUGGGGACAUACUAAGGAACAGUGUUAUAAGUUGCAUGGCCACCCUCCUCGUGUUAAUGUUGCUCAUGCUGAUGGUUCUCAAUCUGAGUCCUUUGAUGGUCAUCCACCACAAUCUGUCCUUCUCAUUGGGGCUGACUAUGAUGAGUAUCUCAAAUAUAAGACGUCCUAACAAUCCUCAUCCACAGUUGCUUCUGUCACCCACUCUGGUGAUUCCAGUGCCUGUCUCGCUCAGUCGUCCUUUUUAGGACCAUGGGUCCUGGAUUCAGGUGCAUCUAACCAUAUCUCUGGUAAUUUGUUCUCUCAUUUUACUAAUUCUAUUUCUUUACCUUCUGUGACAUUAGCUAUUUGUUCUCUCGUCUCAUUUUUGUGUCUUCCUUAUCCUUUGUUUCAGUACCUAAGACUGUUAGUGAGACACUUUCUGAUCCGGGGUGGCGACAAGCAAUGGUGGAUGAGAUGACUACUUUGCAUUCCAAUGGUACUUGGGAUUUGGUUCCUUUACCCCCCGGGAAAUCUCUUGUUGGUUGUUGGUGGAUCUAUACUGUCAAGGUGUGUCCUGAUGGGCAGGUUGAUCCCCUUAAGGCCCGUUUGGUUGCCAAGGGGUAUACUCAGGUUUAUGGUCUUGACUAUGGUGACACUUUUUCCCCUGCUGCUAAGAUGUCUUCUUUGCGUUUGUUUCUCUCUAUAGCAGCUAUGCACCACUAGCCAUUAUAUCAGCUAGACAUUAAAAAUGCCUUCUCACAUGGUGAGCUUCAAGAGGAGAUUUAUAUGGAGCAACCUCCUGGGUUUGUUGCUCAGGGGGAGGCUGGGCAGGUUUGUAAACUCUGUUGCUCACUAUAUGGGUUGAAGUAGUCUCCUCGAGCUUGGUUUGGUCGUUUCAGUGCUGUCAUUCAAGACUUUGGUAUGACUCGUAGUGAGUCUGAUCAUUCGAUUUUUUAUAAACUCACAUCACAGGGGAGGUGUAUAUACUUGGUUGUUUAUGUGGAUGAUAUUGUUAUUACAGGUGAUAAUCAGGAUGGUAUUGUUCAGUUGAAGAAACAUCUUUUCCAUCAUUUUCAGACUAAGGACUUGGGGUUAUUUAAAUACUUUCUUGGGAUAGAAGUUGCUCAAUCCAGUUUUGGUAUUGUUAUCUUUCAACGAAAGUAUGUGUUAGACAUUUUGGAAGAAACUAGGAUGCUUGAUUGUAAACCUAUAGAUUUUCCUAUGGACCCUAAUAUAAAGCUCUUAUCAGGACAGGGGGAGUCUCUUGUUGAUCCUGGAAGAUACCGUAGGUUAGUUGGAAAACUUAAUUAUCUCACUAUUACUCGUCUAGAUAUUUCUUUCUUAGUUAGUGUUAUCAGUUAGUUUUUGCAGUCUCCUUGCGAUAGCCGCUGGGAUGCGGUAGUCCGGAUUCUCAGGUAUAUUAAGGGAGCUCCAGGUAGAGGACUAUUGUAUGAGGACAGAGGUCAUACUCAAGUAGUUGGAUAUUCUGAUGCUGAUUGGGUUGGUUCUCCCUCUGAUAGACGGUUUACUUUAGGAUAUUGUAUUCUAGUUGGAGGAAACCUAGUAUCUUGGAAAAGUAAAAAACAGGAGGUUGUUGCUAGAUCGAGUGCAGAAGCAGAAUAUCGUGCUAUGGCCUUGGCAACGUGUGAAUUUAUCUGGUUAAAACAAUUGUUUCAGGAGCUCAAGUUUGGGGAGAUAUCACAGAUAAGAUUAAUUUGCGACAAUCAAGCUGCAUUACAUAUUGCUUCGAAUCCAGUCUUUCAUAAGAGGACCAAACAUAUCGAGAUAGAUUGUAACUUCAUUCGAGAGAAGAUUUUAUCUGGCUGUAUUAUCACAGAUUUUGUCAAUUCCAAUGACCAGUUAGCAGAUGUCUUCACUAAAUCUCUCAGGGGUCCUCGAAUUGAGCAUAUUUGUAGCAAGCUCAGUGCAUAUGAUAUAUAUGCUCUAGCUUGAAGGGGAGUGUUGAGUUAUAUGGUUAUAAUCUAGGGUUAAUCUUAUAUUAGAGUCCAUGGCCCAUUGUAUUUGUAUAUAUAGGUGUAUAAUCUAUGAGUUUAAUUAGGUUGUAAAUACAUAUUAAAUGCUAGAGUUUUCUUCCUAAGCUUCAUAGUAUUUAACAUUGUAUCUUUAAUAUGACACUUUCCAACCUUAUGAUAUACAACUUUGUUUCUAAUCUUAUCCUUUCUUGUAUGGUUACGAUCCAUUGUAACAUCCCCAUUGCCAUUAUGCUCAUAUUUUGCAAAUGUUGGUGUUUUACUACCCUAUAUUUUAUGCCAUACAACAAAACUGCAAAAUCUGGUCAAGUGCUUUCUAAAUUGUUUUUGACGGACUUAGUCUUUUGGCAAAUUUUUAGGACAGUUUAAAAUAGUCUUGUGUUAUUUCUGUAUUCUUGUUUUCUUCUCUUCAUUUUACCAUACUGUUCUGCUGCAUUCUGAC